AUGUCCAAAAGUCAGAAUGAUAAUAUUAGAGUAGUGGUCUGUGGAGACGAAGGUGUCGGGAAAUCGUCAUUGAUCACCUCAUUGGUGAAAGAUACCUUUGUUCCUAAUAUUCAAAGUGUCUUGCCUCCAGUAACAAUUCCAAGGCAGUUUUCAUCGCUUGCUGACACUCCGGGCCAGACAAUCGUAGUUGACACUUCACCGCUACUCCAAGAUAGACCUCAAUUGACAAAAGAGAUCAGAAGGGCUAAUGUAAUAUGGUUGGUUUAUUCCGACCACUACACGUGCGAAAGGAUUUCACUCUUUUGGAUGCCAUUUUUCAGAUCACUGGGUGUCAAUCUACCAGUUGUGUUGACUGCUAAUAAAUGUGACCUGAGUCCCAGAGAUGAAGCUUCGAGGGCAAUCUCCGAAGAAAUGAUCCCAAUUUUGAAAGAAUUUAAGGAGGUUGAGUCGUGUAUUAGGUGUAGUGCUAGCCUUCACUUCAAUGUGAACCAAGCAUUUUAUUUAUGUCAGAGAGCUGUCACUCAUCCCCUGGCUCCACUAUUUGAUUCAAAGGAAGGAAAGCUAAAACCUGCUGCUGUAGCAGCCUUAGAAAGAGUAUUUUUUUUGGCUGAUAGCGAUCAAGAUGGUUGCCUAAAUGACACUGAACUUAAGGAUCUACAAGCCCACUGCUUUCAGAACAAAUCUCUCGAAGAGGUAGAUAUUCUUCAGCUCAAGAAUAUAUUAAGCGAGUUAUCGGCUGAAGCACAUGUUACAGCUAAUACUGGUGACUCGGAAAGCAAUGGGUUAUCCAUUGUUCCAGCAGUGAUUCCUGGUAAAGGUAUCACUUGUGAAGGGUUUAUCUUACUAAACAAAAUAUUUGCUGAAAAAGGUAGACAUGAAACAACAUGGGGUAUUCUCCGUCGCUUUCAUUAUACCGACUCUUUAUCACUGGAGGAUAAGUUUCUUUAUCCUAAAUUAGAUGUUCCCCCGAAUGCGAGUGUGGAAUUAAGUCCUGAUGGCUACCGUUUUCUCGUUGAUAUGUUUCUCCUGUUCGAUAAAGAUAACGACGGAGGUCUAAAUCAACUAGAAUUGAAUGCAUUAUUUAAACCGACACCAGGAAUUCCCAAACUUUGGAAAGAUACAAAUUUCCCCCAAUCAACAGUACGGAAUGAAGCUGGAAAUGUCACACUUCAAGGUUGGCUGGCCCAGUGGAGUAUGACUACAUAUCUUGACUAUCGUAGUACAAUGGCAUAUUUAGCACAGCUUGGAUUCGACGGUAAACAGGGAACACAAAAAAUAACCGACGGAGUGAAAAUCACCAAGCCUCGAAAGAAACGCAACCCUGCUAGUAAAGCCUAUCGGUCGACAGCGAUCACUGAUAGAAAUGUCUUCAACUGUUUUGUUUUAGGCAGCAGUGGAAGUGGGAAGACCACUCUGUUGAAAGCUUUUUUAAACCGACCAUUUUCAGAGGUUUAUACACCUACGAUACAACCUAUUUCUGUAGUAAAUAGUGUUGAAAUGCCUGGUGGAAAGCAAUGCUAUCUCAUUCUCGAAGAACUUGGCGAACUGGAGCCAGCAGUCCUUGAGAAUUCAUCUCGACUGGAUGAAUGUGAUGUAAUCUGUUUUACAUAUGACUCGUCCGAUCCAGAUAGUUUUGCAUACCUAGUCAAUUUGCACAACACAUAUCCGCAAUUGAAUAUGUUACCUGCGGUCUACGUAGCUUUGAAAGCUGAUUUAGAUCGCCAGCAACAACGAUGCGAACAACAACCUGAUGUGUAUACUCGAAAUCUGUCGAUGGCAGCACCGCUACAUGUCUCUGCGCAAUGGACUUCUUCAUUAAACGAGCUCUUUGUUCAACUAGCUGAAGCUGCUGAAUAUCCAGGUUCUGCAACUCCACGAGACGGGCCAGAGGAGCAUGAUACAUCAAUGCUGCCCACAGCUGCCACAGUCGGUUCGGCACUUGGGGUACUUGCGAUAAGCCUUUGGCUCUGGAGGUCGCAGCAACGAUAG